AUGUUGUUCUAUUUUCUCUUAUUUGUGAGUGUCGGAGGAGUUAUUGGGAGUAAUAUGGAACUAAAUGCAACGCUAUUGGAAUGGUUUCCACCACUUUACCGCUUAGAUGAUUGGGCGUUAUGUCAGAAGCCCACGGACAAAUAUUGCAUUGUUGACGCCGCGCUGUAUUCAAACAAGCCUUCAUCACUUCUUGAUGUUCUAAAGGAGUAUUCUUCCCAAACUUUGAAACACUUCAAUAGGACCCAAAUCCACAGAGGUCUCUGCAUAACGCGAUGUGGGGUGAACACUACCGAUGUGGUAGAGGCAGCGCAGGCCUGCAUCAAUAACGAAGUUCAAAAAUAUGAGCUUCAGGCUGAAGUGCUUUCACCGCAAAGAUGCUCUACGCCGGGUCCCAAGCGAGCUUCAGGAGCUCCGCUUGCACUGGGUGUCGUCAUGGCCUCGAUUUUAAUACUUGCAAUAGCCGCUACUGUAGUGGAAUUUUACAAGCUUAAAAUUGGUAAUAAAUAUUUGACGGCAUUUUCAUUAAUCAACAAUUGGAAGAUCUUGUUUGGUGACAGAUCUAAGGCAAAAAAUGACGAGCGUAUGAAAGAUUUAAACAGCUUGGACGGGAUAAAAGUCAUCGCAAUCGAAGGUGUUAUCUUUGCACAUGUUCUACUGUGUUUUGUUUACACUUACACGGACAAUCCUGAAUAUGUGGAAGAGAUGUACGAUAAUAUUGGUUGGAAGUUAGUAUUUAACUCACCGCUGUGGGUACAAGCAUUUUUCACGAUAACUGGCUUUAUCACGGCGUAUUCGUUACUCAUAUUUACAGAGAAACGGGAGUUAUCAAUUGGGACCUGCAUUUUAGCUAUUGCACAUAGGUGGAUGAGGUUGACACCAACAUCGAUGUUUGUAAUAUGGUUCUCAAUUGCUUGGUACCCUCUCAUGGGAUCGGGGCCUCAUUGGACCUGGGUCGUCGACCGGGAAUCCCAAGAUUGCUUGGAGCGUUGGCCGUACCAUUUGAUCCAUAUCCAAAAUUAUUUGCCUCUUGGAAAGUUCUGUAGUGCACAAACCUGGUACAUCGCAACGGACUUUCAGUUGCAUGUGUUUGGAAUUCUGCUCAUGUUCGUCCUCCUUCGAUUCCGCCGACUCGUAUUUCCAGUAUUGACAACGAUAUUGGUGGUUUCUGCAGCCUGGACUGCUUUCGACGUUUACUACUAUAAUCUUCUCCCUAUAAUUGCCGCACAAAGUCCUGAAGUACUUCGCACAAUAUAUAAGGAUUCCAAGAUACAAGAACUUAUAUAUCUGCCAAUGUGGAUGAACUUAGCGGGAUACGCAUGUGGCAUCGCGGUGGGGUUCAUUCAUUAUAACAAUCAGCAAAACGGUGUAAAACUCAAUGAAAAUAAGUGGUUUAAUAUCUUCAGUCAGCUUUCGUUGAACCUCGUGAACGUGGUGAUUUUCAUCGGCAUCCCAUUCCUGGGUGACAGGACUCCGCCAUUGUGGGCUUCCGUGAUCUACGCUGCGUUCGACCGAACUAUUUUCUCGUUACUGUUCUCUAUAUUCCUCUUGGGGAUUAUUAGUAAAUGCAAAAAUCCAUUUCUGACUAUAUGCUCAUGGCGAGGAUACCAUUUCCUCGCAAGAUUGACCUACUGCGCCUACAUUUUACAUUUCACUAUCUUACGUUUGGCCAUCGCAUAUAACACUCAACUCGGACAUACAUCCAUAUUUGGAAUGAUAUCUCUUCUUAUAUUGGGUACGGUCCUCACAUACAUUGUGAGUAUUCCGGUGUGCCUGCUCAUCGAAUUACCAAUCACGCAGUUGUGGAAGGCGUUACUGUCGAACAUAGUAAGUUCAUCAAUCCAAGAACCACCUAACCAGAAGAGUUUAUCCGACGUCAAAAGUCAGAAUGAAGUUUAG